CGAUCCAACUCGCCAAAGAUUUGCGUUGCGAGAUCUUGAUCCAUCUUAAUGCCGGAUCGCAUGUUACCCUCUGCUAACUGAUGUUCGGCAAUUGAUAGCCCAGCGGGCCGUCGCCCUCAACCACAUGCCAGCAUGACAAGGAGAAUUGUCCGCACCGGCAUACAGCUUGGUGUGCUAUUAACGCUGGUCCUUUUCACGGUAGUUUUCCUCGACAACAGAUACCGGGUCCUCCCUACUUCCAUCCACAACCAUCUGCCUGCGCACCACCCAGGCUUCGUGGUAACCGACCUGACCGUCGUCACAUGCUCCUCUCUCAAUCCCUUCAGCAGCUGCACCAAAGACGGCGAAUACUGGCACCGCAUCAAUAAAGACUUAUACCUGGGGAAAGGCUACAUAACGAAAGCGUACCUGCUUGUCGAGCGCAAGCGCGAAAGCGAUCUAAAACCCCACGAAGAAGUUAUUCACGACAUCAAAAUCGGCCGCAUCCAGCCCUCAGCCGUCGACCCCCUCUCCAAAGACGAAAGAUGGGAGUCCCGCCCUGCCGGAAUGUGGGUUAAGAAAUCUGCAAAGCGCACCGAUGAAUCCAAAAUCGUGACAGGCGUCGAUGUCCUCUUCGGCGCAGACGCCGCCGACCCCCGGUCCAACUGGGCUGUCCAAGAUAUAUCCCUUUUCAUAGACGGCGGCUCUGACGCCCCCGAACCACGCCUGACCGUCCGAAAAGGUCCCGCAUUGAAGAAGGUGGAAAAACCAAUUCCCCGAAUUCGCAAAGAUGGCAAAUUCAAGAUCAUGCAAGCCGCCGACCUCCAUCUCUCGACUGGUCUAGGAAAAUGUCGGCACGCCCUGCCCGAGGGAACAAAAUGCGAGGCAGAUCCACGCACUCUCGAGUUUGUCGAGCGCCUCCUCGACGACGAGAAGCCCGACCUUGUCAUCCUGUCAGGUGACCAGGUCAAUGGCGACACCGCUCCCGACGCGCAGUCUGCAAUCUAUAAAUAUUCCGAACUUUUUGCACGUCACCGCAUUCCCUACGCCGGCAUUUUCGGGAACCAUGACGACGAAGGCAACCUUGACCGCGCAGCCUCCAUGGCUAUCAUGGACGGCCUGCCGUACUCGCUCUCCACGUCCGGGCCGGGAGAUGUGGACGGUGUCGGCAAUUAUGUCGUUGAGGUCCUGGGUCGCGGGUCGACCUCACACUCUGCACUUACGCUGUAUAUGCUCGACACGCACUCGUACUCGCCUGACGAGCACCAGUACCAUGGGUACGACUGGCUCAAACAGUCCCAGAUUGAUUGGUUCCGAGCGACGAGCCAGAGCCUCAAAAGGAAGCACAAAGAGUACACGCAUAUACAUAUGGACCUGGCGUUCAUCCACAUCCCACUGCCGGAGUAUAGGAACCCCGACGGGCUGAAGUGGGUGGGCAAUUGGACGGAGCCGCCGACCGCGCCCGCAUACAAUAGUAAUUUCAAGGACGCCCUGGUCGACGAGGGCAUUGUCCUGGUGAGCUGCGGUCACGACCAUGUCAAUGACUAUUGCCUGCCAGGCCUGGAUAAAGAUAAGAAGAAGCCUGCCCUAUGGAUGUGUUAUGGCGGUGGCGCGGGCUUUGGAGGGUAUGGCGGAUACUAUGGGUAUCACCGCCGCAUCCGGUUUUUUGACUUUGAUAUGAAUGAGGCGCGGAUCACGACGUGGAAGAGACUGGAAUGGGGGAACACAGAGAGUAAGAUCGAUGAACAGAUCAUUGUGGAUGGCGGCAAGGUUGUUGUGGAUAUGUGAAAUUUGGGAACGAUCGCUCUCUUCUCUUGACGGCCUAGAGAAAGGAAAAGAACCGUUGGCUCUUGUGUAUAAGGUAUAUCUAUACACAUGGCUUUCCACCGCAAUACGGGCUCGAACGGUAUAACUGCUUACAUUGGGGGAAGCAUAGCAAGCAAAGGCCCAUGGUGGAAGAUAACGAGGCAUAAGUAGAUAGCAUUGCAUGAUACCCAAUCUCAUUGAUGGAUUG